UAGAGUGAGACAUAAUUACGAGAGUUAACACUUACAACACUUGUAGGUGAAGAUCAACACUGAAGUCUAGAAUAGAAUAUAAAGAUGGUCAAAGAAAGUAAAAGGAAAGGAAAAACACCGGCCCUCAGGAGACAACGAGAGGGCAACAGCAGCGUGACGCCACCAAGCAGAGAGUCUGCUGAGUACAGCAGACCAAGGAAAAGGAAAAAAACUGCAGAUCAGACCCCCAGAAGACGGAUCAUGGUCUCUAAGAUGACUGGAACCUCCACAAGCUGCCAGGACCUGAUCAGAACCAAGAGGAGACUGAGGAAUAAGACCACAAAGGAGGCAGAGGAAUCUUCACCACCGGCCAAGAAGAGGAAGAAGGGACUCCUGCAGCGGGUCCUAACCAAAGAGCCUCCAUCCUCCUGGGGCAUCAGCUCAGAAUCCAGUUCCAGUCCAGUACUGGCAGAUGAUUUUGAGGAACCAUCAAAGAGAAAGAAUAUGAAGAUGGAGGAAGAAAGAGUGGAUUCCCAAAGAGCCGAAUUCCUGAAAAAGUAUAUCGAGCUGCAUCAGCUGGGAGAUGGAGGCUUUGGAUCUGUGUUUGCUGGAUAUCGGGUUGAGGGUAAAUUGCCUGUGGCUAUCAAACACAUACCGAAAGACAACGUAGUCAUCAAACAUAAGGAUGAGAACGGCAGGGAGCUGGCCAUGGAGGCCGUAAUCAUGUUGAAGCUGAGGACUGCAACAGUGCCGCAGUUGGCCAUGGUGUCCCUGCUGGACUGGUACGAUCUGGAUCAGGAGCUGAUUUUAGUGAUGGAGAGGCCCAUGUUUGCUGAAGACCUUCUGGUCUAUCUUAAAGACCGUGGAGGUUGUCUAAAUGAAAAGGAUGCCAAGAUCAUACUGAAACAGCUAGUGGAAGCAGCGCUCUACCUUCAGAAUGCAAACAUCUUCCAUAGGGACAUUAAGGUGGAAAAUAUCUUGAUUGAGACCACUGCAGAAGGCUUACAAGUCUAUCUGAUAGACUUCGGUUUAAGCUGCUUUGAUGACAGACGAAAACAUGAACUACUGUGUGGUACUCCUGAACACCUCCCACUGGACUGGUUCAUGCACAAAAACUACUGUGCUGAACCCACGACAGCGUGGCAGCUGGGUGUGGUGCUGUUCGAGGUGGUCCACAUGAUGCGGUUCAACACCCACAGCUUCCUUUCAAAAAAGCUGAAGAUCAGCAAAAGGCUCUCCAAGAACUGCCAGGAUGUUCUGACAAAGUGUCUGAGGGUUGACCCUAAGGAUCGUCCCACACUGGAACAGCUGCUGGGCCACCCGUGGUUUUCGUAGCUGACACACACACACAUGCACAUACACAUAUGUUUAUGGACACAUACAUACAUCUACUGCAUGCUUCACUUUCAAAUUUUAACCUUUUUGACGUUGAGGAUGGGUGAUAUGUCAAGAAUAAACAAUCCUUCCUUCCUUCCUUCCUUCCUUCCUUCCUUCCUUCCUUCCUUCCU